CGCAGAGGCAGCGCUUGUACGUGCCGCCCUUUGCUCUGACGCGACCGACGCAGUGUCCGUAAUCGGUGUUCGGAAAAUUGUGCAUGUGCGUUUUCCGACGAAUGCAGUGUGUGUGCUUGUGAGAUGUGCUAUUGUUUUCUAGGAGUGGUUUACAAGCAGAGGAUCAACUUAAUGGAAUAAAAACAAAAGUGCUAAGGCGCUAAUAUAAAAACAUUCGCGUAUAGCAAUUGUUAAAGAAUCUAAAUUGAUUUGUCAAUUAAUCUCGUGUCCCACAACGAGCGUUGAGCUGCGCCGUUGUCAACACGUUGACAUCGAGUCCGCGACGCGUCGCGCGCGGUCCUUAACCUGUCGCUGCAAUAGUCGGUGCUCGCCAGAGUCACGUGACUCGGCCGGCCCGCCCAGCCACAGCCGUGGAUAACCUCGGCCAGAGCCCCCUUCCGGUGAAGAGGCUGCACGAAGCGCUGCAGAGUGCGCAAGUGAAGCGCCAGCGGCUUUCCCCCCCAUACCCCGCACCUCCCGCCUCUCUCCACCCCAUCCACCAGCUCGCGGUGCACCAGCACAUCAAAGUGCAGCAAAGCAUAGUGCAGCAGAGCAUCGUGCAGCAGCACCAGUUGAACCUGGCCCACCAGUCGCUGCAGAACCUGCAAGCGCAACAGAACCUGCAGGCUCAGCAGAGCUUACAGGCAGCCCAGAGCCUCCAGGCGGCUCAGAGUCUGCAGGCGGCGCAGAGCCCUGCAGCAACGGGCGGCGCAGGCGCGCAGCAGGCGGCAGGAGCGACACAAGGCGCGCUGGUGCCGCCGCAGCAGCCUUCGCCCCGGCCCGCUUCGCCGCAACACAAGAACAUGGAGCUCGCGCUCUGUCAAAGCAUGGACUCCGUCAACACCGCCACCACUGAGGAAGAGGUGCGAACGUUGUUCGUCAGCGGUCUGCCCAUGGACGCAAAGCCGCGAGAACUCUAUCUACUAUUUCGAGCGUACGAGGGCUACGAGGGUUCCCUGCUAAAGGUUACCAGCAAGAAUGGGAAAACAGCUUCGCCGGUCGGUUUCGUCACGUUCCACACUAGAGCCGGCGCCGAGGCAGCCAAACAAGAUCUUCAGGGCGUCCGGUUCGACCCCGACAUGCCGCAAACGAUUCGGCUGGAGUUCGCUAAAAGCAACACGAAGGUCAGCAAGCCGAAGCCGGCAGUUGCCACAGCCGCGCCAGCUGCACACCCCGCAUUGAUGCACCCACUCACUGGACACCUAGCGAGUCCGUUCUUCCCGGGAGGAGGCGCAGAGCUGUGGCACCACCCACUGGCGUACGGCGGCGAACUGCCGGCGCUCUCGCACGGACUGGUGCAUCCCGCCAUCCACCCACAGAUGGCGCCAGUUCGAUCCUACCUCUGACUAGCUGCCGCCGAUAGGCCACACCACGAGUUUGGACCUUAUUAUCAUGGUAAUAAUGUCCAGACCCCCCUGACGCUGGGUGCUUGCGUGCUGCCUGCGCCCGCACUGGGGUCGCCCGGCGCCGCUGUGCCGGCGCACACGGGGCCCGCUGCUCAUCCCGCGCAUCCCGCGCCUCCCUGCUCGACGCUAUUUGUCGCCAACCUUGGACAGUUCGUCUCCGAACAUGAACUGAAGGAAAUUUUUAGCAGGGAGCCAAAGGCGGAGAAGAGGGCGAACAGCAUUAACUCGUUCGUAGCUCUCGGCACUUGACAACCAGCUCACUGAGGGACGCGCUAUCUGGAUCCUCUGCAUCGCAUCGCGCCGGCGGCACCUGGAGACCGGGCAGACCAUCACCCGCAACCCUUAUGUCCUCACUAGAAGCUCUGUCUCCUAUUUUGUUACGUUUACUGACUCCCUGCGUCAGAGGUGUGGUGUUAUUCGUUUAUACCAAAAUUAGCAAGUGUUAAUUGUAUUAUUAUUAACAUUCCAGGUUAUUGUUUAAUGUUCAUGCUAAAAUAAUAUUAUUUAAAUCUAUUAAUUUCCUAUAAAUGUAGCAUGUUUAUUUAAUUUUAUUAUUCGAUUUAUCAUGUAACAUAAGAUUUAUUUACAACUAACUUAUUGUACGGUAAAGUUUGUAUAUUUGUUUUACAAGGCCGAUGUAUACAACUGAGAGGAUUUAUUAUGGAUAUAGUUUAUUACCAGAAAUUAAACAUUUUAGGAUAUAUCUCAUUCGAGUAAGCUAAAAACCAAAGGUGCCCUUCAUAGAAAGAUUACGUUUUGUUAAAUGAUAUUUCAAGUUGAAUGAUUUAAAUGAAUUUGUAUGUAAUGUAAUACGAUACUUUUGUUUUAGCCUCGAUAAUGUUAGCGUAUUUAAAUGAAUUUCAUGACUAUUUCAAAUUAUAUUUACCCAAUACUUUCUUAGUAAUGUUUAUAAUAUUCAAUCACUCGUUAAAGCGCUGGCACUCUAGUGUUGGUCUUACGAUCCUUUCUAUCUGUAAAUUUAAUAAUUGUAAUGUUAUAUAAUGGUUGACUAGGACUUGAUGCGAUAGGACGGGGUAGCCCUCGGAGCCGCUUGUCGAGUGCAACAGGACAGUGCCGCUGAACAGUCGCGCGACGUGCGCACGCGCAUCCUCUCCUACUUGUUAUGUUACCUCUCUGUUCAAUGGAUUUGUUAUCUCCUUUCUCUACUAGGUGAAUACCAAAAUUUCUUGUGCCUUGCGAAAAAAAAAUCUUAAAAUCGAAUUUAGAUUUUACUCCGGACAUGGUGGUCAGUGAAGUUUGUUUAUUUGUAAUUUUGUACGUCCUGUGUACCAGUACGGGUUCCCUCACUCUUCGCGGUUAGCAUGCGAUGCGACACAAUCGAGAUCAGUUCAGUCUUGUCUCUUGUUGCGAGAAUUUAGCCUUGGCCUUAUGAGAGUUAAAUAAUUAAUGUAAUCAUUAUAUUAAUAAUUAAUAUAUAUAGUUGAAACUAGCCGGCGACGUGCGCGCCGACGCUGAAUAGUAAAACGUUAUUCUACUAUCUGCAUGCUUUGACGAGCUUUUUGGUAAUAAUCUAAUUUAAAAUGUAGUAGUUACUUUUAUUGUGUAAUCGUUAGGUGAGUAAUAUAAUAUUAGAUAAGGGUAUUUAUUGUAGACAAUCAGCAUAGUUACAUUACUAUUUAAUGAAAGUUAUUCAUACAUAAUAAUGAAACAAUGUAAUGAAAAUUAAAUUUACUGAAAUGUUAGGAUUAAUCAAAAUGAAGAUUAAUAUAUUUUUUAUUUUUAGCUAGUUGACUAUCGCAUUCAGAAUGAUUACUUAGUUACCUACGUGUCGACAUAAGUACACUACAAUGCGAGAUAGCAAUAAACCAAAAAUGAAAUAUUAAUGUUAUUAUAGGUACCUAUUUAGUGACGUAUUCUGCUGAUGUAAACGUAAAAUUUACAAAAAAAAAGUAAAAAAAAAUCCCUGCUUAGGCUAUAAAUAAGGUUUUGGAUAUUUGGGUUACAAUGUUGACGCGACAGAAAUCUGUUGAGGUACUCAUGCGACUCUCGUCGGUCGCCGGCCAGAGCACCGCAUGUGAAUUCUUAUGAAAUCUCUUAGUCAAUAUUUAAUAGAAAUUUCGUCAAUUUUUGACUUAGCAAAAUUUUAUACAUUGUUUAUAGUAACUGUAAUUUCACAAUGUACCGAACGUCGUGGCGUAUAGACCAAAGAUAAAGGAUUAUACAUAAUUUUAAUACUAACCUCAGACCGUACCAAACUUGUAUUUUGUAGGCUCAUUGUACUGCGACGUUAAGUGGACACGACAAAUAUUCGAGAGCCACAGCAGUGCAAGCAGACAUCAUUUGUACCGACACAAGUAAGGCUGAUGCCGCCGUGAUACACGAAGACACCUAGGAUAGGCAUCUUAUUGUACUGUUUCAUUGUUACCUACUUUUGCUAAUGUUAGAGACGAAACAAUCAAUUUAUUAAAUUAAAUAUACAUUUCGAUUCAGUUUUAUACCCAAGCCAUUAAUAUCAAAUGUAAAUCAAACAUGUACUUUAAUGUUUUAUGUCACAUGAAAUCUCCAGACAGAUUCUGAUUCUCUUAUAUGUAUAUUAUUCAUUGUGGGUUUUAUUGUUAAGCUAAGUCAAUGUUCACAUAUUUAAUUCGAUAUAUAUAAUGCUAAUUCGUGUGUAAGUAAUUGUGUAAUAAUGUAGUAGUGAUCUCCCAUACCUUCGGCGAGCGGCGUCCUCAGGCGCAUACUGAAAUACAACGAAAAGUUUAUUUUUUCUUUUCAGUUGUCCUGCGUUAGUCUGUCGAUGGCUCUAUUGCCUUUUUGACGAUCAAUUUUAAGCUCUCUUCUGUCAAAUGUGUCAUCUCUUUGAAAUCUCUUUGAUAGUUUUAUUGUAAACCGUAGAGCCACCGACAGGCAACACCUAGUUUAGCGAACCCGGCCCGGCCAGGAGGGCGGGCGGUGCGCGCAGGACGCCGUCGCCGCCAUGAUUCCGUCCAACAACCUUAGAUAGCGAGUAAGAGACGUCCAGUGGCUGCGGACACGGCUACGUCACCUUUUGCGGGACUACUCGAUACAUAUCAUCAUGUAAUAUUUAAUGUGUAAUUAGGAAUUAAAAAAGCGGUUUCAUAGAGGCGUUUAUUCUGUAUUUCUCGUCUACUACUUAUAAUGCAAUCGGCUAUGUGUCACGCUCACCUACUUUUGCGUUUCCGACAUAAUAUAUCAUUCGCUUUGCUCUCGUUUAUCCUUUCACUCGAAAUUUUCUCUAGUUCUAAUUAAUUUUAUCUGUAAACAGAAAAGUAAUUGUAAACCUCAAAAGAUAUUUUCUUAACGUUUACUGUGAAAUCGAGUAGCUAGAUGGUGUUCGGAUCGUCGUUGUUUAUAUAAAGACGCGUGACAUUGGCCCGCAUGUGAUAGGGUAGUGUAGGGGUGUAGCGUCGCCUUGCAAGUUAGGUUAAGUGAAGCGGUAUCACACAAACGCCGUGCAUCGGAAACAUAUCAAUUCUGUGCCCCUUAAUAAAUUUAGUUAAAUACUAUUCUAAGAGAUACAAUAUGGAUAGAAUAAAGAAGACAAAAUAAUCGGAGUAUCAAAUACCUGCUAAGUGUUGUUUUCGUACGUUAAUGGUUAGAUUGUGUUAAAUAAACGUGGAUCGUAACGCAUAGUCCCCGAGUAGUGUCGCGCAACUUCCCUUGUUUGUCGCCGCGCGGCCGCGAACCCGCAGUACGCGAGUGUACGCGCCGUGCGGCACUUUAUUGUUAUUUAGAUAUAUUGACAUGGCUUCUUUACCAAAUUACUUUAACUGUUCGCUUCGUAUUCAGUAUUAAAUGACAUUUUAUUUUAAUUUCGGCGACAAGAGUUAGUGCGUUGCUGAAAACUGAUUUGUAUAUCGAGCAAAUAAACCAUACAAACUAUAUAGUUAGUAAUUAAUUGUUAGAUUUGUGUGACUUGAUUAUUUAAUGCUUUUAGAGCAGAGGUAAAGUGUUAUUGUGGUUUAAGAAAAACAUAAUGACAUUGUAAAAAUAGUGAUAAAAUUAGCUUAAUUAUCAUUAUUACAACUUUUAUAGAUGUUCAUUAAUUUUCUUUUCUUACUUCAUGGAGUAUUGUGGCAUUGGAGACGUCAUUGUUAAUUCAAAUAAAUUUGAGCUCAUCCUCAAUCGAAGUUUUUAUUCAUGAACCCUGUCUGCGUCAGCCCGCUACCGAGCUACUGAGUCACUGAGCUACUGUCUCCAAGUCGAGUCGAGAACAACCGUAACGAAGGUACUCAAACCUUAUAGAAAAAUGUUUUAUAAAUUAGCUGUAGGUAACAGAUCUUUUAUUAAAUAAAUAAAUAUAAUCAUUGUUUUCUCGAACGAACUUAUGUUCAAUAUUAUGUGUCUAUUAGUAAAUAAAAAUAGUACUUUAUAGGUGUCUAGUUUAGGAUAACUGGAAUUAGAUAUAAAAUUAACAGUUAUGCUUUUAAAACGUUGCUUUGUAGACUUGUCUGCUUACGUGCCUCCUUUUGUAAAAUGAAUUUGAGAAAAAUGUAUUUGAUCACAAUGUUAAUUCUUCAAUUUAGUUUACAGAAGGGGCACGAUACGAUGAAAUAUGAAAACUCUUUAUUUCCAUAAUAAUUAUUGCAAUGUUGUAUUUAUGUUAUUAUUAGUUUUAAAGCAUUAUAGGGUCCAAAGAUUGGGAAUAAACAUUAUG